AUGGCGCACGCCGCCUCGUCCGACCACCACCAUCAUCACCACCACAACGGCACCCCGAUCCCCCCAAACGGCUACCCACCGCCCCCGGACGCCGACGACAACCCCCCCUCCUACCCGUCCUACCCGCCGGACCUCGCUCUCUCCUCCUCCCUCCUCGAGCCGCGCAUCGCUGUUGUUCUCAACGUCCCGAAACCAUGGCGCCCCUGGCUCUUCGCCUGCCGCUUACUUUCCAUAUUCCCGGCCAUCUUCUGGGCCCUGCAGCCCGCCUUGACCCUGCUGGUUCAGAUCAUCCCCGUCGCCGUCCCCGGCGGUAAGAAGGCAGUCGACGCCGCCGCCGCCUCGGGCGUUGGAGUCGGCGUCGGCGUCGGAGGGUUCGCGGGGAGCACGUGUCCGCCCCCCAAUUGGCCUCCCGGACACCCCGAGAUACCGUUCCCGUGGACCGAAAUGACUCAUGUGGGUAUGGAUUACGCCUGCCGUCCGGACGAUGGUGGUGGCUUAUACCGAGUUGCUGUCAUUGCCAAGAUGCGGGGCUUCUGCGUACCUUUCCUUCUUUUUCAUAGACUGCCUGAUGUCGCGAUGUCUUCCCAAAAUCUUGUUGUCUUUGCACCUCCCCUGGAACAAACGGUACUAACACUGGCUAGGCUCAUCAACUACACCCCGCAAGCGACGAUAAUCCGCCUUCUGACCAUCAACGCCACGAACGCUUUCCUCACCGAGCGCAUACUGACCUUCUCCGGCGGCUUCGAGGAUCCCAGACUCCUUCUCCCGGGCUGGGUCACCAUAGCGACGACCCUCACAAUAGCCUACCACAUAACCCAGCGGAGCAUCAAUAUCCAAAAGGAGACGUCCACCUCGAUCAACAUUUUCUCCAUCGCCAGCUUCAUCAGCAUGAUCUCUCUCCUCGCCCAUCUCCACUACAACGGCUCCGACUACCCCGAGAAGCCCUUCGAGUCCCUCGCUCGCUUGAUGCUCGACCAGGCCCGCCGUCUGCCCGGCGAGGCCAUCCUGCCUUCGUAUCCGCCUUCGCAUAGCGAGUUGUAG